AAACACGUCCUAACUUCAUAUAAGUCUCCUCUUAAGCUUGUUGGUCUCAUUUCGUACUUUGCAAGAACUGCCAUUUCCUUCUUCCAACUUUACAAGAAAAGUUUUAAGAUGCCGGUCAGCGACAAAGUCUUCCAUUUGUCAAUUGUUAUUCUUGCCGUUUCGGGCUGCAUUGAAGCAAGCACCGUUGGACUAGAGUAUUUCUUCAGAGAUAAUUUUGAAGAAUUCCGCGACCGACCGAUCCAGUGGUGUAACAGCACGCCCGUUCCACAUUGGGUCCACGGCACUUUUGUACGGAAUGGUCCCGGUCGCUUUAACAUCGGCCAGCGGAGCGUCAUCCACACGUUUGACGGUUUCGCCAAGCUUCACUCGUUCAAGAUCCACAACGGCACCCAGAUUCACUUCUCCGCUUCGUUCUUAGGCACGUCAACCUACACACGGUCUAUAGCCGAGAACGACUACGCCACGUCCCUCACAUUUGACGGGGUGAACCCCGCGUUUACCUUCGAAGAACGGGCCGAGGCCCUCGUGUACGGCAUCGACAACACCAACGCUAACAUCUGGAAGAUAGGAUCGGGGCGAAACGCUGAGUUUAUUGGUCUCACCGAUGCGGCCGUCUUUUCUAAGUUCGACGUUGGUACGCUGAGCACCAUCAGUCUGGUCAAACCUGACAUCACUCAUCCAAUCAUCAACCUUCUCUCAUUGAUGUCGACGGCCCACCCUCUCUACGAGCCUAAAACUGGACAUACUAUCAACUUGGUCUACACAGUGAACAUUGUACCGGGACUAAAACACACCCUGACACUAUACAGAAUGAAAGACACAUCCACACAAGAGAUCAUUGCAAACGUUAAGUUAGAGAAGAUGUCUUAUAUGCAUAGCUUCUCUAUCACUGAGAACCACGCCAUUGUGUCUCUAUAUCCACUCUACAUCAGCGUACCAAAAAUGCUGAACUCGGCUGAGGCAGGAAAGUGUCUUGAGUGGGAGGGCAAGGAUGAGACCAAGUUUCUGGUUAUUUCUCUUAAAGACGGGAAAGUGUCAGAGUUGAUGACACCGGGUUUCUUCGCUGUGCAUCACGUUAACGCUUUUGAGCAGGGUGACGACAUAGUCGUUGAUAUCAUAACCUACCCGGACAACUCCAUGCUUUACCAGUUCGAACUUGCCACGAUGCUAGACGAAAAGAAGAGGAGCCUUCUCGUCAACCGGGCAUUGCUGAAGCGCUUCACACUCAACACGAAGACAUCCAGCGUCGGCGUCUCCGAGUUCCCUCCGAAAACACCCGACAUGAACUUCGUGAACCGAAUGGAGCUUCCGGUGAUUAACGAAAAUCACCGAAGUGGUAACUACUGUUACGUGUACGGAGUAGUGUUUUCCUUUGACGAACAGACUCCGACAGUCCACGACAACUUUGCCAUCGUUAAAAAGGAUCUUUGCAACAACGGCAGAAGCGAUAAGUACUGGUACCUCCCUAACCACUACCCGAACGAACCGUACUUCAUCCCCGAACCUAACGCAAAGGCAGAAGACCAGGGUGUUCUCGUCACCACCGUACUCGACGGAGAACGAAAGGAAAGCUAUCUGUUGAUACUCGACGCGCAGACCCUAAAAAUCAUCAACUAUGCCUACGCCAAGACUUACAUACCGUUUGCUAUCCACGGGCGUUUCUUCCCAGGAGAUUUCUGACUGUAACUGGGGACGUUAUCUUUCUACUUGAAAGUUGAAUCUAGCCAUUCAUUUGGUCAGGCCAUGUUGAUUUGAUUAUAUGGAUGACAUCCGCGCGCGCAUGAAUUUUCGGCCGUUU